AUGCAAGAUCUUCCUCCUGCCCACCGGACCUACAAAUCCUCUGCGGAUGGAUGGUCAAGGACCACAGCACAGGCCACUGAGUUCCUUUGGAACCAGGUUCGUCUUACAUUACCACCCAAGAAGAAAUCUCAUCCAAGGGAAGGUAACGUUGUCGUCUUGGGCGAUAUACCUGUCCCAGAACCACACCAGAACAUCCUGAAAAAAGGACCGAAGUUUUGCUUCGAGCCCACCCUUAAACGCGUAGACAAACUGGUUUUGCCCAGGUUCCUUUCACGGAAUGUACCAGAGGAGGACAAACCUAGGUGCAUCACCGAAUGUGUAGAUGUCUUACUGAAAAGUGAAGGCAGCCCCAAAAGAUCCCGCAGUUUAGAUCCUACGAUUAACUUUCUCUCAUCCAACAACUUGAAUGUUAUGCUAUCCGACAAAGAAGGCUGUUUUGUAGUCAUACCUAAUGGUUCAUUCUCCGAGAAAGCUCAUUUAGCUAUCCAAAAGAAUUUUAGAGAGGUAUCGGAACGUCCAGCUGAGAUAAAAAGAAGAACCAUUAAGUUUCUCACUCAACUCAACUUAGAGAAAGUCGCGUCAGCAGCCAAGAAAGGAGAAAACCUAACGUUAAUGGUGUUUUUCUCCGCUAAAACCCAUAAACCGGGAAUCCCUUUCCGCACCAUAGUAUCGGAACGCAACACUUGGCAACACGCCAUCUCGGGAUAUUUACAAAAACAACUAAAUUCCCUUUCAAUCGUUGACCCUUUACGCAUCCCCAACUCCAAGGUUGUUAUCGAUUUUCUAAGAGACAGCAAUCUAGAGGGGUGCACAGCAUUCAGCAUUGAUGUAGAGGACUUA